UUUUCUAAACGCUCUUGGUUUUCUUUGUCAACAGAUACUGUCAUCAGUGUGUUCAGUGUUUGCUGACUGUGUCUCUCUACUAGGGGUAUUUCGAUUCAUGUUGGGUUUUGGCGGCGGAGGGAUUCAAGCCUCGCAUUUCACGUUGGUUCUAGAGAUGGUGGGACCUAAACAUCGAUCUUUGUGUAGUGCUCUUUAUCAAGUAUACUUUAUUUCUGGGUUCUUUGUAUUCAACCUCUUCGCUUAUUUCGUGAGGGACUGGAGAUCACUUAUAUUGAUGAGUAGCGUGCCAGGGAUUAUACUUUAUCUUUUUCUAAGAGUGUUUCCCGAGUCUCCUCGAUGGCUUCUUAGCAAAAACAGACUUAAUGAAGCAGAAACGAUUCUUGCUAAAUGUGGACGCGAUUCUUUGGACCGAAAUKAACUCAAAAAAGCGAUCAAAGAUAUCAGRAAUGCACAGUUUAGCGAGGAAAAGAUUAAACAAGAGAAAAUGUACACCCCUCUUGACUUGGUUCGUACGCCAAAACUCAGGAGAAGAAGCGGUUUACUCGCGUUCAACUGGUUUGCUGUUAGUUUCAUUGGUAAUGCUUUUUUUGUGUACAUUGGGAAUUUAGCAGGAGAUAUCUAUAUAAACUUCUUGAUUGUCAAUGCUUCUUGUCCUGUUGGCGUUCUCUUAACGGGGUUUCUUCUAAAACGCAUUGGCCAUCGUUUGACACACGCUGUUGUCCUGUGUAUGGUUGGGAUUCUUUGUUUGUCUUCUCUCGCAGUACCGGAUGAUCAACRGCUUGCAAGAACUUGGAUUUUCGUGUCAGCAUUUGGUAUUUCAAAUGGAAUGUGGGUCACAAUCUUUCUUAUUGGGACUGAGCUGUUCCCUACCGUUCUGAGGAGUACAGCGGUAGGCACUGGAUACACAGUUGGUCGUGCUGGCGGCAUUUUGGCUCCCUACGUAGCAAUACUGGGCCAGCUUCCAGGUCUCACCAUAACUCUACCCAUGACCAUCUUCGGCGCCGUUGCCAUCGCAACAUGCAUAGCAACACUAUGGUUACCAGAAGCGAGCCAUUCUAAAAUGCACCAAACCAUCGAGGAAGAAGAAAACGCAKCAGAAUUUUACUACAUGCCUUGUUUUAGGAAAGGYAGAAGGCCUGGUGAACAGGAAAAAGAUGAAGACCAAGAUGGCUCCGAGAAAUCCGUUUCAAAGUCAUUGUUAGAUAUGCCAGUUGAGUCUCGAUGUUCAAGUGUUUGAACCAUCACGUAAAGUGCGCCUUGUACUGUAAAAUAUAUAUCAGUAAUAACUAAAAUGAAGUAAACAUUAUGUCACCAAGUCCUAA